AUGCGGAAUUUCAGUUUAGAAGGACGCAUCAUCACUCUUGAGGGGAGGAAGCUCAAGAUCGAGGAGCAGUUGACCGAGGUACUGGACCAAAGAAUGGGCCAACGCAAUGUCCUCGUAAAGACCAGAAACAUUGAAAGCAACAUUCGGUCUUUGAUAAAGAUGCGCUAUCAGCUGAACCCGGAAGACUUCGAGUUUGUCGGUAAUGACAACGUGGAGAUCAUGAAGAUCGCUUGGGAGCACUUUUGCAACGAAGUCCAGGCUGCCAAGCUCCUGGGUGAAGCCGGCCUCGGACCACAGUACGUUGACAAUCUAAGCCGUGUUCAACCGAAGUGGAUGGCCUUCCCUGGUGGAUAUGUUGACUUCCUGGUGAUGAAACCUGCCUCGGGCGAGAACCUCGAUGCGAUCCUUGAGGAGCUCACGGAUCGCCAGCUGGCCAGCAUAAGGACGCAGCUUGCGCACAUCCUGGAGUGA